AUCCACUCUGUUGAAGUCUGCUACAGGAAUUCUACUGUAUUCUGGGGGCUGGCCAAUUGUUUCUUUUCUUUUUGGAGCUGAACUCCUCCCCUUCUGCAGGCCCAGGCUUACUAGCUAUAUUGUAGCUAUUCUCUGCAGCUUCUAAGAGCAGAUUCAGACCUGUUGCCUUGGUGUGGUGGGCCUGCAGAGGGUUGCCUGCCAUGGAGUCUCAAGACGCAGCUGCUCAGUCUCUCCGGGCCCCCAAAUGCUCACGCUGCCGGAACCACGGCUUUGUGGUACCCGUGAAGGGCCACGCAGGCCACUGCCGCUGGAAGCAGUGCCCAUGUGAAAAAUGUGCUCUCAUUACUGAACGCCAGAAGAUCAUGGCUGCGCAGAAGGCCUUGAAGAGGCAGGGACCGGACUCGCCACUCAGGGAAAUGUUGCCACCUGGUCAGCACAGUCCAAGCGAUGAACAGGUGGCAACCACAGGUAGCGGCAGAAAGUGCUCCAGGCUGAAUCUUUCAGAACCCCACAACCAGGGGUCUGUUGUGCAGGAAGGAGCCAAGGGGACUUCUGCAGCAGUUAGCCACUCUAUGAGGACAAGGACUGCCAGAACACCACCCAAACCCAGCUCUCCAACUUUCAUAGACUUAGACCAGCCUCAAGAAUGUACUGUUGUGGGCCCAGAAUCUGUGGACAGGGAGACUCCAAAAGUGUAUCCCGGGUACUCUGGGAUGUACCCUUACCAUCCAUUUUCUGUUGGAUUCACUAUCAACCAAACAGGCUACAGAGGCCCUUCACCUGCCUCUGUCUUGCCCCUGCAAGCAGGUUUCAGGCACUUUCCUAGCAGUCAUGGGCCAGGAGGUGUUGCUUCUAUGCCAAUGCAAGAUGUAGGUGGGGAUUUUUGUCCAGGUUAUUACACUCCAUUGCCACCUUUCAUACCUCAGGGAUUUCUGCCAGGGAUUCACUACAUUCCGCCGCCUCUCCCACUGAAUGUUGUGGCCGAAGCUACAAAGGAAACAUCUGCUACACCUGCAGGUAGCCAGGAUUCUGGAGUGAUAUCUGAACGCAGCCUGCCAUCUUCUCAGGAAGACGCCAGUGGAAAAUGUUCCUCAUAUUCUGAGCACUAAAUGCACCAAAAAGUCAUGUUCAAAUGUUGACUUCAAGUGGUGCCAUUCUGAAAGUGAUGUUUUGUUUUGCGUCACUGACUGGUCACGUCAGUAUUUGGGUUGGUAUUGUUCACAACAUUUGGUCUAUCAGGUGCUAUCCACCCAGGAAUUUCCGCUGCUUGGUGCCUUAGCGCCAAAGUGGAAGUUUAGGAAUCUUCAUAGUCGGUUUCUGACAUGCAGAUGGGCAGGAAGUUAAUGCAGGCUCAACUCAGGAUUAAUGUAAACUGUAGGAGAUCAGAUGUGCUCAAGUACAUGCGAGCCCUAAAUAAAGUUGUGCUUUGUCAUACUUUCACACCACCUCCCAGCCUGUGGUUGUGAAAGUGGAUAUUCUAGCCAUUUCUAGGCUUGCCAGCUUUUGUUAUCUGCUUCUGUCUGAGCCUUCAACAAGAGUUUGCUAUGUAGAUAUUAGCAGGCGAUAAUGAUUAUCUCCAUUGUUUGAAAAGUUUGAUUUACUAAUUCUUCCAUUUCAGGCUGGUAUUAAAACCCCAGAAUCAGGCUAAUUCUUUUUCUGACAAGUUGGCAGCCCUAACUUACGCUUGUGCUGCAGCUGUGUUUUUCUUUCAAAGUUCAGGAGAGGAACUAUAGAGGGAUGGCUCAGACACUUUUUUAUGCUUCAGUGGGUAUUAGAGCUGCAAUACACAUAAUGGGAAGAACCUUCUCCCUAAACAGAAAUGUUUAUAGGGAAAUAACUGUUGAGUUUCAAGGGCCUGCUAAUGAUAACAGACCAUGAAUAGAGUUGUGGUUCAUAUGGCUGAACAGUUGGGAUAAAUUUGGGAUAGUAGAGUUACAGUUACCACUAUGAUUAAGGCCUCAUCUGCACUAUACAUUUAAAGCAGCGUCAUACCACCCUAGACAGUCAGGGCCUUCCCCAAAGAAUCCUGGGAACUGGUCUUUUUGUUUAUGAUGCUGUGAGGGAUUAGAAGACCCCUGUUCUCCUCCCAGAGCUACAAUUCCCAGAGUUCUCAGGGAAGAGAGGUUGGGUGUUAAAAAACUCUGAGAAGUGUUACUCUGGGAGGAGAACAGGGAUCCCCUAGCAACUCUAAGCACCCUUAACAAACAAGUUCCCAGGAUUCUUUGGGGGAAGCUCUGACUGCUUCAAGGCCUUUAAAUAUACAGUGCAGGCAGGGUCUAAGUGUAGCUCUUCAUGCUCAGUGUUUGAAUUGUGUCAUUUAUAUAACUGUUUCAUGUUAAUUAUGGCUUAGUCCAAAACCAGAGACAAGAACUGGGGAAGAGCAAGGAAAAUGUGCACUUGAUGACUCUCUGCUUACUCAGCCUUUACUUUGGGGGAAAAAGAGCACAGUUCUUACCUGAUAGGAAAGGAGGAAGAUUUAUUUUUGUAAUAAAUCAGAAUAAGAAUGAAGAACAGCAUUCCGCUUUAAUGUGUUCCGUUGUAAAAAGACCAGCUACAAAUGUUAGUUUCACUUUCUUUGCUUAAAUCUAUUAAAC